CUUCAGUAUAAAACAUAAUGGAUCUAAACAGAGAGCUUCACCAAAUCUCUCCUUCUCCAGCACCGUCUUCAUCUAGGAAGUGGUGGUCGGAAGAAACAGUUGCGGUCGUGACCGGAGCUAACAGAGGGAUCGGUUUUGCGGUGGUGAAGAGAUUAUCGGAACACGGUCUAACCGUCGUUCUGACGGCUAGAAACUCCGUUAACGGCCACCGUGCUGCCGAUUCUCUCCGCCGCCUCGGCUUUAGAAACAUUCACUUCUUUACACUCGACGUCUCCGAUCCAUCUUCCAUCGACGCCUUCGUCUCCUGGCUCCGUACCAAGUUCGGAGCUAUCGACAUUUUGGUGAAUAAUGCCGCCGUUUCAUUUAACGGCAUCCACGAGAACUCCGUCCAACACCCAGAGACGGUCUUGAGGACCAACUUCUACGGGGCCAAGCUUUUAACGGAGGCUCUUUUGCCGUUAUUCCGCCGUUCAAGUUCCGUCAGCCGCGUCCUUAACAUCAGCUCCAGGCUUGGCUCCUUAGAUAAGCUGAGGAACCCUAGCAUAAGAAAAACCCUAGAAAAGGAAACCCUAACGGAGAAGCAAAUAGAAGAAACGGUGAUAAUGUUCUUGGAAGACGUGAAGAAGGGGACGUGGAAGGAGAAUGGAUGGCCGGAGGUAUGGCCUGAGUACGCCGUCUCGAAGGUUGCCCUCAACGCAUAUUCUAGGGUUUUGGCUCGUCGUUACGGCGGCCAAAGGCUAAGCGUCAACUGCUUCUGCCCUGGUUUCACCCGCACCUCCAUGACCGGCGGCGAAGGCAGUCACACCGCCGACGAGGCCGCCACCGCUGCCGUCGCUCUGGUCUUGCUUCCUCCGGCGAAUCUUCCCACCGGAAAGUUUUACGUUGGUCCAUCGUCUGGCCACAAGAAAAUUGUUUCUAAAUUGUGACUCCUUUUUUUUUUUACUGUGUGUAAAAUCAAUAACUCUUCUAAAUGUUUUAGAAUCACCGGAAUGAUACAGUUGUUCCCAUAGGUGAAUCAGAGAAAAAUGACAGAAUUGUGAAAUUAUA